AUGUCGUCCUACGGCGCUGCUUUGCCCUCUGCGGCACGCGGCAUUCUUUCAUCAUGCCGUUUGCCUCUUAGGGAGAAGUCAAUGUCUCCCGCUUUUUCCGUCUUCCAGCAAAUCCGAGGUGUCAAGAACAACCCGCAGGCCAAGGGCAAGGGGAAGAAGAAGGAAGCCAAGACGGAGCGGAAGGGACCCCGAGAGUUCCAGCAGAAGCAUUUGAAGGAUAUGGAGCAGUUUGCUCUGUGUGAUGCGAUGCGCUAUAUCCGGGCCAUGGAAGUUGGCCGCGAGCCGACAGUUUCGAAAUACGAAGUGCACAUUCGCAUGCGGACAAGGAAAGACGGCCCUGUCAUCCGAAACAUGAUCCGAUUCCCUCACGCUGUCCAAACCGAGUCCCGAAUCUGUGUUAUUUGCCCUCCCGGUUCCAAGCAGGCCAAGGAUGCAAUUGCCGCAGGGGCUAUUCUUGUCGGUGAAGAUGAAGUGUUCGAGGCAGUCAAGGCGGGCAAGAUCGAGUUUGACCGGUGUCUGGCUCACCCCGAUAGUUUGCCGGCGCUGAACAAAGCCGCGCUAGGUCGCAUUCUUGGACCUCGUGGUCUGAUGCCAAGCGUGAAGACUGGUACUGUGGUGGAAGACGUCGCGUCGCGUGUCGAGGAUCUCCGAGGAGGUACUGUAUACCGUGAGCGCGAUGCCGUCAUUCGCCUUCCGAUCGGUCAGAUGGGAUUCUCCCCGGAACAGCUCCGCGACAACCUGCGCACAACAAUUGAGUCGAUCAAGAAGGACGCCGCUGGACUGAACGACCGUAUCAACAAGGAGAUCUACGAAGUAGUGCUGAGCUCAACCCACGGCUCCGGCUUCAGCUUGAAUGGAGAGUUCAGAACCGACAACUCCCCCGAAACCUCUGCCUUGACCGGCGUGUAA